AUGCUGCUGGCCAGGAGCACUGGGCAGAGAAGAGGCUGCCGGGCCAGGACAGGCAUAGCCCGGGAUGGGAUGAAGGCUCACACAGCAGUGGCACCAGCCACUGGCCAGUCUCCUGGAAAAUCACCUCAGGUUGCUGUUCCUGUCCAUCCCGGGGCCCCCACCGUUCUGGAAGAGCUACUGGAGCAACUUCUGAAAGGCCUGGUGAAGGAGCAGGUGAAGACGUGCAGGAAGGCCAGGGAAGGACAGGAGGAAAAGGAGGAAAGCAAAGUCAAUGCCCAGGCCAGGUCCCACGUGGAAGCAGCUUUCUACUGCCAGACACGUGAAAACAUCUCUGUGGAGCAGAGAGUGCAGCAGGAGCUGCAGCACUACUACAUUCCGGAGAGGGAGGCGAUGUUCCACCGUGGCCCAGGGCUGAACCUCACCAGUGGGAAGUACACAGCCCCCAUUGCUGGGUACUACACCUUCAGAGCCACACUGCACAUUGGUGAGCCCUUGGGCACCCCCACAGCCCUGCUGGGGAGGUCCAGGAUGGUUCUCACCCUCCCUUCUGUCCCAGCAUGCAGAGAACAGCAGAGGAAGGGGCAUUCAUGCAGGGGGAAGCGUCUGCGGGUGCUGAUCUGUGUGCAGUCCUGCUGCCAGCACAACAGCUAUUUGGAGACUGUGUCCCGGUUGGAGAGUGGUGGUGACCUUUUCACCAUCUCCGUCGCUGGAGUCCUUUACCUGAAGGCCGGGCAGGAUGCCUCUGUUUUCCUGGACAACACUGCAGGCUCCCCUCUCACCAUUCAAAGCGGCUCCGAUUUCAGCGCCGUUCUGCUGGGGGUGUGA